UUCUCCCGGUUUCUACCCAUCUCUACCCGUCUCUCCCAGUCUCUCCCCGGGAGUUAGAGACUGUUUAGAGAUGUUGUCACUAUGUAAAUUUUUAUCCUUCAGAUAUUAAGAAAAUUUCGGCGAUUGCCUUCAAAUACUGAGCUCGUCGAAAAAUAAUAUAGGACGAGAAAGUAAAUCGCGCCAUAUCCGCCACGCGCGCAAUCGAUAGAUAGAAGAAUUUCGCCAUUUCAAGUGCCGACGCGUGAAGGCUUUAUCGACGGAAAGCAGGACAACCUCGGUUGUUUUUAGAUAACACAAAACCAUAGAAAUGAACGCUGCAUAAUACGCUGCAUUUGACGCAGAGUGACAUGACGGACGCGUCCACCACUUGUUACUCGACCAGAAUACUUGAUAUACUCAAUCAGGGAACAAAAGUUCUCUCGACACGGAGCUAUUAUAUCCCAUGCUUUCGAUCAACCCGACACUCAUGUCGUCUGCCUGCGACAGCGUUGUUAUCUCGAUUUCGCGGGUCGCGCGAUAGCGCGCAGCGCGGCGCGCCCGCUCGUCUUUUCUAUUUAUCUUUCUUGUCUCUCUCGCGCGCACAAACCACGUAAGGUGGACGUCAGAAUUUUUCAGACUGAAAUUAUUUCUAUGUAUUAUUUUCCUUCUCUUAUUUGCAGUAAAUAUCCGUGCGCGGACGUACAGGAAACUUUACACAAGCACAAACAUUUCCACAAUCAUCUCUCUUACCUUAGGCAGUAAGGAAACCUGACGUUUCUUUCGACAGAAAUUGGAACGAAGGAAGAAUGAUCGAAUUUCCAAUUUCAUAUCGAAGAAUAUAUCGUGAGAUUUAAUUAAAACGUAUCUUUUGUAUGUUUGCGAAUCGACGAUAUUGGCAAAUUAGUGGAAAAUCGAAAUUAAAAAUGAGACAAGAUGGAAACGUUGAUAAAUGGCAAAUAUGUCACGAACAAACAUGCCGUAUUAUGACUAUUAUCGUGAUACGACUCGACGAUCGAUGGCACGCGACAGUCGGCAAGUUCUAAGCACGAACGACUCGGAAUCCUAAUUAAUGUUGUCACUCACUGUCAAUCCGGCGAUUAAUUUGCUUGCCACGUUUCUGGAUCGCUCAGGAUGAAUUUAUACAGACGAGCAAGAGGCAACGUCCACCGCGUCCGAUCUUGCGAAUUCAUAAGGUAUGCAUUACAGUUGCGCGCCAUCUCAAAUUCCAAACACGUCCUUAAUUCACGCAAGCCAUUACAACACCUGCUACUACAAUGGAUAUGUUUUCGCUCCUGUGCUUAAAACUCCAAAUGAUAAAGAAACACCGAUCCGGCCAUCAUCAAGAGGCACAUGUGCGUACAUUUUUUUAACUUAAAUUCAUUUUUAUUCUUUUCAGAGAUAAAAAAUGUGGUUUAUAUAUAACUCAAUAAAAUCAUAUAGAAAUUAUGUUUCAAGACCGACAAAGAUUCCGGAAAAAAAAUAGUUGCAGUAACCAUAAUAUUACUACAAUUUAUAGUUAUUUUUGGAUCCAACCAUAUUUUUAUAAUUAUUUAAUAAUGUGAAUUAUAGUCGCAAAUAUCACACAUCUUUUUCCUCAGUGUAGAGAUAGUAAAAGUUACACAAAAUAUUCGCUACCAAAAACGGCUUAUCAUUAUCUCCCUCUUUAUUUCAUCUUUAUGUUUGAUAUUUUCAUCGGUCCUAUCUCAGUUACUAUUAUUAAAUUGAUAAAAGUAAAUUUUAAUUUUGAUUCUAUAUCUUGAAAUAUGUAGAUCCACAGUAAACAAACACACGAGAGAAGGACAACAAUUUUAAUUAAUCCUGCAUAUAACUCGAAUAUUUUAUCUCCCUCAAAACUCACUGUCGCUUUUAUCAGCAUCCAAAUCGCUAAUUUGCCACGCGGUGUGAGAAACGCACCGCGGAAUAUAUAUUCUAUCACAACGGCAAAACGUUACGCCGUAUCAUCCACUUUUGUUUACUCAACGUAUACCGAGAGUGAACUGCGAAAGCUCAGAUAUGAAAAUUGGACAGUUAUGGAGAAUACAAACGUGCCCGGGAAUACGCUCGAUCAUAUUUGAUUCAUCUUACAUCACGAUUUUUCACGCCGUUCCGUUUCCCCGGGCGGAAACAAAACCAACUGGACCGCAUGUGUGUAUGUGUGUAUGUGCUCGACGUAAAAUUGACGUAUAUCCAGAAAUAUAACGACAGACGUCACUUCGCCGUUGCGGAACAUUCUUAACACGUAAUACGGGUAGCGCACAUUGCAUUACGAAACGGCAGCGAAACGUAAAACGAAAUCGCUCUCGUCUUCACCUUGUUUCGUAUUCACGGAGCUUAGGCAUCCGAUCUCGGACACAUCGGGCGCUCUCGCAUAUAUAAAGACGGAAUCGGCGGUUCGCCGAGGGCCAGUCUCCGAAGUUUUUUCGGUGCGCGUUUAGCAUACAACGGUAUUAACGUCGUCGGCGGAAAUGAGGGAGACGCUCAUCCUCAUUCUCCUUUAUAUCGGACUGGCGGUGACAUCAGAUUUAUCGGGGUAUAAGCCCAGGGGCUGGCGUCCUAAUGGCCGGCGUUUUAAUCCCAACAACAAUCGAUUGCAUGCGUAUUACGGUGCUCCGGGAUUACAAAGCUACGAACCCCCGGAUACCGCAGCUACCUAUCGCGACCCGUUAUUUACCACGACCACGACAACGCGGCCACGAGCCACCACCGUAAAAACCACGGCAACAACACCGCGCACCAGAGAACCCACGACAGCGCCGAGCGGACAACCCGAGGACGAUUUCGAGACGGCGAACCCGGCCCUAGCUAUCGCGAAUUCUUUCGCAUUCAAUCGACCUAUAUACGUCUACAAUGCCUUCCCGUUUCUACCGGCUCAGAUUAUCGCGUAACGAUGCGAUACAUGAAGAACAUUCGCAUUGUAAGAUGUGAUCGGAACGAAAGUGAGAAAAACGAGCGAUCCGAUCUCUGAUGAAGAAAACUUCGUAUUUGUAAACUUUAAACCGGUGAAUUACAAUGUUUCUCUUGAACCGCCAUUUGCAUAUUAAGUUUCUUACAAAUGCAAGGGUUGUUAUUAUAAACAAAUCCAUGUGAGAAUAAAAAAUUAUUUUUUAUCUAA